AGAUUCCAUUUGCAGGCCAAGUAUUGGAAUUCAAUUUCGUGUGGAAAUUCAAGAUCUGAAUGAUUUAGUCGAUCAAAUCCCGGCUAAAACUCUUGAGUUGAAACUGAAGAGGAGUUUUGAAGAAACAGAGAGAAUGGGUUGUAAACUCGAUCCAAGUAAACCUCAAUUCACCCAUGACCGGGUAAAACUCAAUUGAAAACAAAAACCGGGAAACAGGCAGAGCCUUUCCCAUCGACAUUUAGUUUUAAUAAAGAGUCACGUGAAUGUCACGUGGCCGGACCCAUAAAACUUGAGCACGACAAGCUCCGAGCAUGGAAGACGUUCUCCUUUUGAAGCGGUGAUUUAGAGUUUCGUUGAAAAUCCUCCCAUAUGCCACCUGUUACACAAUAUUGUAAGGUCAGUUUUCUUUUUUGAGAAGAUAUUGUAAUAAGGUCAGUUCAUUCUCUUCUGUCUAUAUACAGUCUCAGAGAUCUGGACUCUAAUUUUUCCACCAUUCCUUAACCACAGUGGGGGUUGCAACUGCCAAUGGCUUUUACCGUACGUUUGUUUUUGCUUUCUUCAUUGCUUCUGAUACCAACUUAUGUGCUUGCACAAACUAAUGGUAGCAUAGCUGUGGGUGCUUCUCUCUCCACAGCAGGUAACUCCUCAUGGCUUUCUCCCUCGGGUGAUUUUGCCUUUGGGUUUCAGCAACUUGAAAACAAUGAUCUUUUCUUGCUUUCUAUAUGGUUUGCCAAGAUACCAGACAAAACCAUAGUUUGGUAUGCAAAUGGGGAUAAGCCUGCACCUGAUGGUUCAGUUGUGAAUUUGACUGCUAACAGUGGGCUAGUUCUUACAAGUCCUCAGGGUGACCAGUUAUGGAAAUCCAAUCAAACCAUUGCUGGCGUUGUUGCUCAUGGGGUUAUGCACGAUACAGGUAACUUUGUUCUGGAGAACGAGCAGUCAGCAAAGUUAUGGGAGACGUUCAAGAAUCCUACUGAUACCAUGUUGCCUGGGCAAAUACUGGAAAGAGGAGGGAAGCUUUCUUCUCGAAAUUCAGAGACCGACUAUAGGAGAGGUCACUUCCAGCUAGAUUUUCAAGAUGAUGGAAAUCUUGUGCUUAGCGGGCAAAAGCCUUAUUAUUCAACCGGGACUACCACAGGGAGUGUUCCAGGUAGUGAAGGUCUGCAGUUGGUUUUCAAUGACUCAGGUAACUUCUAUAUUCUGCGAGUGAAUGGUGGACAUUAUAAAUUCACAGCAGCGGAACGUGCAGCAAGGGACUACUAUCUCCGGACAACUCUCAGCUUUGAUGGGGUUUUGGCUCAAUAUUUCCUCCCAAAGACUUCUGUUGGCAAUAUAAGCUGGUGGUUUCCUCUUUGGUCAGAGCCAUAAAAUAUUUGCCAAAAAAUUAAUGCUGAUUCAGGUCCUAGUAUUUGUGGGUACAACAGUAUCUGCACUUACAAAGCAGACAAGAGGCCCACCUGUGAAUGCCCAACGGGAUACUCUUUACUUGAUCCAAAUGAUCCAUACCGGAGCUGCAAUCCAGCUUUCAAACAAGGCUGUGAAAAUGAGCCUAGUUAUGCAGAAGAUUUGUAUGAUGUUCAGGUGCUAGCAAACACUGAUUGGCUCACCUCCAGCUAUAUGCAGUUAAAUGAUUCUACUGCUGACACAUGCAGUCAAUCUUGCUUGCAAUAUUGUUCAUGUGCUGUUGCUAUUUACAGCAAUCAAACCUGCCAGAAAAAGAAGUUCCCACUCUCAUAUGGGAGAGAAGAUAACAACUUGAAUGCUACAACUUUCAUCAAAUUGACGACAGUUUAUAAGAAGAACGGGAGCACUUCGGUACAUGUGGGAUCAGUUCUUCUGGGCACCUUUGUCUUUGUUAGUUUUAUGUUAGGUACUGCAGAUUAUCUGGGACUUUUCUUCGGUUUCCGGAAGAAACUGAUGUAGAAUGAAUGACGAUAAGAAUUGAAGAACAGCUCGAUCGCAGAAAAGGAGGAAAACCUGAUUUGCUGCAACUUCAGUUUCAUGUUGAGGUUGCUAUUUUAAUGUGUGCUAGUUCACUGUUUCAAUUGUUACAUUUUCCUUUUAGUGUGUAAAGUUUUGCUUUCAAUGAAAGCACUGGUGGAAUUACCGAGCAGAGUAUAUUUUCUAAGA